GCUUUGGAUGCCAAAUGUGGGAUGCUGGUUUUGCAAUUCAGGCAAUUAUUUCGAGUAACCUUGUUGAUGAAUACUGGUCAAUGCUUAAGAAAGCACAUAGUUUCGUUAAAGCAUCACAGGUACGAGAAAACCCAUCAGGAGAUUUCACUAUGAUGUAUAGACACGCAAAUAAAGGUGCAUGGACAUUCUCAAUGCAAGAUCAUGGUUGGCAAGUAUCAGAUUGUACAGCAGAAGGGUUGAAAUGUUGCAUUCUCUUUUCACAAAUGCCAUCAGAAUUUGUGGGGGAGAGUAUUGAAACAGAACAAUUAUAUGAUGCUGUUAACGUUAUCCUUUCCCUACAAAGCAAAAAUGGUGGUUUUCCUGCUUGGGAGCCUCUGAGAGCAUAUGGUUGGUUGGAGAAGUUCAACCCUACCGAGUUCUUUGAAGAUGUCCUUAUUGAACGAGAAUAUGUGGAAUGCACUUCAUCAGCAAUUCAGGGUUUGGUUCUUUUUGCAAAGUUACAUCCAAAUCACCGGACAAAGGAGGUAAACAGUUGCAUUGAUAGAGCAAUCAAAUACAUUGAAGCCACUCAAGAGGCUGAUGGUUCAUGGUACGGUUGUUGGGGAAUUUGUUAUACCUACGGAACAUGGUUCGCUGUUAAAGGACUAACUGCUUGUGGAAAGAACUACCAAAAUAGUGCGAUAUUGCGUAAAGCUUGUAAAUUUUUGCUGUCAAAGCAGCUUUCAGAUGGUGGAUGGGGAGAAAGCUACCUUUCAGCCUCAAAUAAGGUAUAUACAAAUUUAGAAGGAAGCAGAUCCAAUUUGGUACAAACAUCAUGGGCUUUGUUGUCUCUAAUUGAUGCUGGACAGGUUUGUCAGUCAAAUGAAUGUCUUGUGAUGCAAAAGAAUCCAUUUUUUUAUUGCUAUAAUUACUUUACAUAAGCAAGUGCAUAACAAAAUUAGGUCUAACAUUGAAUAUUUGAUUGAACUUAGGCUGAAAUUGACCCAACUCCCAUCCAUCAAGGGAUUAAGUUAUUGAUAAAUUGUCAGAUGGAAGAUGGUGAUUUCCCCCAACAGGAAAUUACUGGAGUAUUUAUGAAGAAUUGCACGUUGAACUAUUCUUCGUACCGAAACAUCUUUCCCAUUUGGGCACUUGGCGAAUACCGCAAACGAAUCUCACAAAAAGUUGAAGUCUAAGUU